CAAGACACACGUCGGGGAACUGAACAACAGGAGGGAAACGGAACCCAGGAGGAUUGCGCAGAAGCGCUCUUACUCCUCAUAUAGGGAAAUGAGUGACGAGAACACGACUGCCGCGCACGGCAUCACCGGCCCUCAAUCUGAAUCACAACAACCGCGAGCACGCGCAUCGCAAGAGGCCCAGUACAAUAUACCAGAUAAUUACGCCAAUCUCAACGAGCUAGCCACUGGGCCGGUACAAAAUGUCCGCGAAGAUGCUAUAGCUGGCGUGCGCAGCCGGGAAGGAGUUCUCUCUCAAGAAGCGCGGCGGCAGAUAUCUCGAAGCGCAGAGGAGAGAAAAUACCAGGACAGCGCCCAAUACAACCCCCCAGAUAGUUAUGCGAACCUGGAUGAAUUGGCUGCGCCGUCGCCAGUAGAGAACCCGGCUGAGGCCCCGAUAUAUCUGCAUAGAUCAUUGGAGGAGCGAAGGGCCGAGAGGGAAGAAUAUCAACGAGGCAAGGAGGAAGAGAGAAGAGCAUCGCUCGCGAGAGGGGAAGAACCAAAAGAAGAGGAAAAGAAGGGCGCGAGAGGGCCCGAAGCUUCCAGAUUUGCAACUCAGUUGUAUACCAUUUCAUAUCUGGUAUUAUUCUCUUUUUUUGGUACCCUCGCAAGGCUUGGCUUGCAGGCCAUAACGUUUUAUCCUGGCGCGCCCAUUUCUUUUGGUGUGCUUUGGGCGAAUUUUGGCGGCAGCCUCUUUAUGGGCUUUCUCAGCGAGGAUCGCAUGUUGUUCAAAGAGGAAUGGGGAACUCCAACAUAUGAUCAGCAGCUCAAAAAAGCAAGGCAGCGUGCCAUAGAUGAGGAGGGCGGUUCGGGCUCAGACCACGUCGUCGAUUUGCAGGCCGCAAAGAAGGCGCACGCGGCGACGAAGAAGACCAUUCCUCUCUAUAUCGGACUGGCAACUGGAUUCUGCGGAUGCUUUACCUCUUUCUCGUCCUUCAUCCGGGAUAUCUAUCUUGCUUUGGCCAAUGAGCUCCCUACACCUCUCAACCACCCCGAGGACUACAGCCCAGUCCUCGCCAGCUCGACCUCAACUGUCUCCCGCAAUGGCGGGUACUCAUUCAUGGCUCUACUAGCUGUUAUGAUUACCACCAUCGCUCUAUGCAUAUCAGGUCUGCACGUAGGCGCACAUAUCGCCAUCGCUUUGGAGCCUUAUACUCCUUCUCUCCCCUUCGCAUUCUGCCGCAAGCUCCUCGACCGCUUGGCCGUGGUUCUUGCCUGGGGAUGCUGGCUCGGCGCCAUCUUCCUUGCCAUUUUCCCCCCAGACCGGCACGAUGGCGGUCGCGAGAUCUGGCGCGGCCGCGCGGUCUUCGCCCUCGUCUUCGCCCCUCUGGGUUGCCUUGGACGCUUCUAUGCCUCCAUCUAUCUCAACAGCAAAAUAGCCUCGUUUCCUCUCGGGACCUUUGUCGUGAACAUCUUUGGUACGGUGAUCUUGGGUAUGAGUUAUGAUCUACAGCACGUGCCUUUAGGAGGGCAGGUUGGAUGCCAGGUGUUACAGGGAAUUGAAGAUGGCUUUUGCGGCUGUUUAACGACAAUCAGUACUUGGGUGAGUGAGCUAAGCACAUUGAAGAGAAGACAUGCAUAUAGAUAUGGAAUGGCCAGUGUCGUGGUGGCGAUGUGCUUCCUGAUUAUUAUCAUGGGGAGCAUGCAGUGGACGAGGGGUUUUUCGGAAUUGAAAUGUACGCACUAGAUGCGUCGUAUGUAAUACUUAAUGGGUUGCUGUUCCCCAGCAUACCGAGCUGUAGCUUUCUACAACGUCCAUACAGAGGUUGUCGAAGUAGUAGCUGGCCUUCCAUCCUCUUUGCGAUGCCAAUAAGAAAGGUUCCACGAAGAUAGUAUCCGUCUAUGCGGCAUCAACGCCAUCCAACACUCCCAGAGCCCUCCCAACCAAAUGCAAACUCCCCGUAAUCAAAGCCUGGAUCUCCUUGCUCCCCUCGAUUUCAUCACCUGCUUCCCUGCUCUUCAAGUCCAAUCCCCUAACAUACUCAAGAGCGUCCUCGAUACAAGGGAGCACCUUGAUGGUAGUAGAAGGCGAAGGGUCCAGAGCUCGCCAUUUCUCAGCGAAGGUCUUCUGCAUGGUUA